UUUACAAUUGUGUGAAGUUAGUUUUUCAAAGUUGGGCACCAGAGUAAAAUGCAACUCAAGACUAUUUUGCUUUCUCUUCUGAUUGUCGGGGCUCUUGGAAAUGAUGAAAAUAGCUCAAGUAGAUGUACAAAGCGGCCAGCAGUGACAGGACCUUGCGAGAAGUAUGUGAAAAAGUGGUAUUAUGACGUCCACUUGAGGGACUGCCUAAUGUUCCACUGGGGAGGAUGCGGGACGUCGGAAAAUAUGUUCGACAACUAUUAUGAGUGCUGGGACGUGUGCCAAGACGCCUAGAUAUCACAGGAAUUGUUGCCAAAUAAUCAAAAGCAGUUAAAAUUCCAAAAUGAAGCGUGUGUCUGUUUGCCUUAUGGUGCUUCUACUUUUGUGUAUGGCUGGUAUCUGGGCCUACGAUAAGAUCUUCCUAGCAAAAUGCGAUGACAAACCCAGUCAAACAGGCCCUUGCAAGGCGUCCUUUCAAAUGUGGCGCUUCAUCAAAGAACAAAAGAUCUGCGAGUCCUUCACCUAUGGUGGUUGCCAGGGAACGAACAAUCUGUUUGACCAGGAAGAGGAUUGCAAGACGGCGUGCUUAGUGUAAACUUUUAAAAUAAACAACACUCUCUACAAGUAA